AUGGUGGAGUUGGGAGAGGAUGUUAGAGAGCUGAACGAGGAUGAAAAGAAGCAGGAGGAAAAAAGAAAGGAAUGUCGGCCCGGUCCUAUUUCCUCCAGUCCUCACUGCCUGCUGCAUCUCUUAAAGGAGGGAGCAGACCCCAACACGCCUGCCUCCUCAGGGGGGUCCCUCCUUCACCUGUGUGCUCGCCAUGACAACGUUUUUGCGGCCGAGCUGCUGGUGGAGCGGGGGCUGAACGUCAACCUGCAGGACGAGGACCAGUGGACGGCUCUGCACGUGGCGUGUGUGUGUGACCACGCCGACAUGGCGGUGCUGCUGCUGCUGACGGGGGUGAACGUUCUCCUGCAGGACGUGAACGGGAACAUUCCUCUGGACUACGCCAGCGAGGGAACCGAGACCAGUUACAUCCUCCGCAGAUACCUGGAGGAGAACGGUGUGGAUGUGUCGUCCAUGCACAUCAUGCGUCUCCAGAGGCCCAGCACCAUGCUGUCAGACGUGAGGCAGCUGGUGUCCAGCAGGGGCAGUCUCAACCAGCCCAACCACGACGGGGUAACCCUGCUCCACAUAGCGUGUGCCAGUGGCUACAGAGAGGUCGUCUCAGUGCUGCUUGAGAAUGGGGUCGACCCCCAGCCUUACGACAACAACUACUGGACACCUCUGCACCUAGCCGCCAAAUACGGACAGACAAGCAUCGUGAACCAAUUACUGAAGCACAGAGCUGACCCGACACUAUUGAACUGCAACCAGGAAAAGCCCUCAGACAUGUCAGCGACAGAUCCUAUCGCGGACAUGCUGCUGAGGGCAGAGGCAUGCUGGGUACAGAGACAGAAGGACCCCACUGCCCCCCUGUUCCCCACAGACCAACGCUACAAUGAUGGAGGGGCUCAUGAUGUCACCACACCAGUUAAAAACCUGACCCCCCUGGCCCUACCCCUGGCCAAGCGUGACAGCCUAUUGGAGAAGCUCACCAUGUUUCGGGAGGUGGGCGGCGGUCUGAGCAGACAACCCUCCCAUGACAACGGUCUUGACGGUCCCUACAACACUGGUUCCGGAAAACUGGAGCAAGUGAAGUUGAUGCCGCCGGCACCAAACGAUGACCUAGCAUCACUCAGCGAGCUAACAGACAGCAGUCUGCUCUACGAAAUGCAGAAACGUUUCGCCAACAACCAGAUUUACACCUACAUUGGCAACAUUCUGCUUCUUGUGAAUCCCAACAAGGAGCUUCCUAUAUACUCCACCCUGGUGAGUCAGUUGUACCUGAGCUCGACAGGGCGUCUCUGCUCCUCUCUCCCCCCACACAUCUUCUCCUCCUCUGAGAGGGCCUACCACAUGAUGCUGCAGGAGAGACGGCCCCAGUGCUUCCUCCUCAGUGGGGAGAGUGGCUCUGGGAAGACCGAGGCGUGUAAACAUAUAGUCCGACACCUGACAGCCAGGUCUGGCCCCAAGGGCUUCUGCCUGGAGCCCAAGAUGAAGCAUGUGAACUAUAUCCUGGAGGCAUUUGGGCAUGCCCAAACUCCCAGGAAUAGCAAUGCCAGUCGCUUCAUCAAGCUGCUGAGUCUUCAGUAUUGUGAGAGGAGGAGGACACUGCUCAGAGCACGGGUCUCCACCUACAUGCUUGAGAAAAGUCGCCUGGUCCACAUGGCGCCCCAGCAGCCGAACUUCCACAUCUUCUACCUGAUGGCCGAAGGUCUGUCUGCUGAGGAGAAGAGCUGCCUGUACCUUAACAACCUGCUAGCACACAGGUACCUCAAUCCUGCUCCUCCGGGGGAAGGCCCCCCCGUGGCCAUGGCCUCCACCCAGAGCAGAGAUCGGCUGGCUGCUGUCAAACAGGCCCUGCGAGCCCUGGGCCUAAACAAGCUGGAAGUGGAUUCUGUAUUCCAGCUCCUGUCCUCUGUGCUCCAUGUGGGCGACCUGCGCUUCACCACCCUGACUGACCCAGACUCCGCCUUCCCGUCUGAUCUGCAUUUGCUGGAGCGAGUGGCUGGUCUGUUGCAGGUGUUUUCAGACGACUUGAGCUCUGCACUCACUUCUGAUGUGCAAUAUUUUAAAGGUGACGUCAUCACUAGGCGCCACACCGUGGAAAUGUCAGAGCAGUACAGAGACCAGCUGGCUAAGUCUCUUUACGGACGUCUCUUCAGCCACCUGGUUAACCUCAUCAACGAAUACCUACAAGGACAGGACGACAGCAUGGGUGACCCUGCCCUGGAGAUAGGAAUCUUGGACAUCUUUGGAUUUGAGGAGUUUCAGAAGAACAGCUUUGAGCAGCUGUGUGUGAACAUGACCAGUGAGCGUCUAAGACAGUAUGUCUCCGAGGUGCUGUUCCAGCAGGAACAGGCUGAGUGUCUGCAGGAGGGUGUCGCCAUGGAGACGCUGUGGUCGCCCGGCAACCAGCCAGCUGUUCUCGACUUUUUCUUCCAGAGGCCCCAGGGUCUGCUGUGUGUGUUGGACGAGGAGAGCCAGGCUCUGCGGCCUGCUGAGUACACCCUCUACAAGAGGCUGCAGACACACCUGGACUCCACACAGACACACGGCAUCUCCCUGACGACCAAGGACGGCAACGGAAAUCCCCCGCCCAAAGACCAGGGUCCCGCCUUCACCGUCAGCCACUAUGCAGGCCAGAUGACAUAUGACCUCACAGGGUCAUUGACAAAGAACAAAGACUCCCUCCCUCAAAACCUCCUGCUUGUUAUGAAGUCCAGUGAGAGUGUGCUGCUGCAGCAGCUGUUCCGGUCCAAACUGACCCAGACCGGUUCCCUGGUCCCGUCCCAGUCCAGACCAGGUCUGAGGGGGUCCAAAGCUGCCCUGCUCCUACGCAAAAUGACCUGUCCCUCCUCCUCCUUCUGCUCCUCCUCCUCCUCCUCCUCCAUCACUGCUCGACCUUCCCGGAGAUGCCAGGACCUUUCCAAGAUGUUGAAGAAGAAGGGAGCAGCCUCCUUCCUCCAGAGGCUGGAGAGGUGCGGUCCCAUUAUGGUCGCCGUCCAGCUGAGGAACUCCCUCUCUGAGCUGGUGGGCAAGCUGCAGGCGUGCACGCCUCACUUUGUGGAGUGCGUGCGUCCCAACGGCGGUGGCGCGGCCGACGCCUUCGACAGCGUCCACGUGUCCAGCCAGUUGCAGUACGUCGGAGUGCUGGAGAUGGUCCGCAUGAUUCGCUAUGGAUACUCGGUCCGCCUGCCCUUCAACAGCUUCCUCAGCAGGUUUAAAGAGCUGGUGGACACCACUCUGGCAGACAAGAGGAAGUUGUCAUCGGAGGAGAAAUGUUGCUACAUACUACAGCAGUGUAAACUCCAGGGCUGGCAGAUGGGGAGCAGCAAAGUGUUCCUGAGGUACUGGCAGGCUGACCAGCUCAACGACCGCUGUCACCAGCUUCACAGGAAGAUUGUCACCUGUCAGAAAGUGGUGCGAGGCUGGCUGACCCGACGGCGCGUGAGUCACGUGCUCUCCCAGACGGACGGCUGUCGUGUCCAGCGGUUCCUGCAGGGGGCAGAGGACCUGGGCCUGCAAACCUACGACCACCUGGUCAUCCAGAAUGCCUCCGACAUCUCCCGCGAGAGCGAUCGCCUGCGCUGCCACGGCAACGGUGUGGGCAGCAGCCCACCGCUCGGGGAGAGGCCCGAGCCGGUGGGCAAGGAGGAGGAGCCUGCCAAGAGAGUUGCGGAGAAGACUGCCAGAGCAAAUGAGGGCAGUCGGACCAUCCGCCACUUCCGUUCCAGCUCCGUGCCUAUCCCCCUGACCAUGGAAAGCUUGGUAUAUCCCAGUGCCAGCCCAUCCAUCAAGCCUGCUCUGGCACAAGCGGGUCAUACCACUGAGGAUGGGGGAACGGGGGGAACCUUGUCCUCCCCACGGAAACAGCCUCCCCCGAAGCCUAAGAGGGAUCCUAACACACGUCUGAGCGCGUCCUACGAGGCUGUCAGCGCUGGGCUCACCCUGGGUCCUAGAGAGAGCCCUACCCCUGAGGGUUGCGCAUCCCCUUCUGCCAGCCCCCCCAAAAAUCAGCUGUCUCCCACAGACCCCUCAGCCCUCUCCAAGCCCCGCCCCCACAGCGACGACUACACCACCAUGCGCAAGGUCCCGCCGCCCAAGCCCAAGCGCAGCCCCAACACCAAGUUGAGCGGCUCCUACGAGGAGAUCAACGCCGUCUCCCUUCACCUGCAGCUCCGCCCGGCCGACGUCAAACUGGCCCUGCUGUCCCGCGUGGGAGGGCUGGGGGCGUCGAUGCAGCGCGCCGCCUCCAUGGACGGCCCGCGGGGGGCGGCGCUGGGCCACGGCCAGGACGACGAGGAGGACGUGUACAUAGAGAUGGUGGGGGCCCACCCUCGGCACCCUCGCCCGCCCUCCAGCCUGCAGGACCCGUCGGAACCUCCCAACAGCCCGCCGGACGCGGAGGCCGUCUACGAGGAGAUGAAGUACUUCCUGCCCGAGGACGGGGCACUUCCCGUGGGCACCGCGAGCAUGGCGAGCAAGCUGGAGGCGCUCGGACUGGGGGCGUUGAUGGGGAUGUCGACCAAUCCGAGCAGGGAAUGUAAGCGGGUCGUGGUUGGGGUGACUGCUGCCGUGGAUAUCCCCCUCGUCCUGAACGCUGGGGCGGGGCUCUCGAAACCCGCCCAGUGGAGAGAGGGAGGGUGUGACAUCCCCGCCCCCUUCCCCAACCUGCUCCCGCAUCGCCCCCCCCUCCUGGUGUUCCCCCCUUCCCCAGUGACCUGCUCCCCAGCGUCGGAUGAGUCCCCCCUCACCCCCCUGGAGGUGAAGAAACUGCCGGUGUUCGAAACCAACCUGAACUACCCCGGCGGGGGGCCCGACUCCCCCAUCUCUCCCCAGUACUCGCGCCAGAGAGCCGACUCCUCCCCGAGCCUCUCCAUCCUCAUGCCGGACAAGUCCACCCCGCCUCUCACCCCGCCUCCCCCCAGCGCCCUCCCUCCCCCCUACAGACCCCCCUCCCACUUCCCCUUCCCCCCCGAGGUCAACUUACUGUCUCUGACCCGGGCGGCAUCCGUCACAGGCGGGUCGGACUCGUCAAAGCCCUCCUCCUCCAAACCCUACUCCUCCUCCUCCUCCCACCCGCUGGGGAAGCCCCCUCCCUAUUCGCCGGUGAAGUCGAGCCGACCCGAGCCCCGGCGGGCCCACUCCUGUUCCUCUUCUCCCCUCCUCUUCAACCCAGCCAAUGGGAGAUCCCUGACCAGCCCCCUGGACGAGCUCAACACUCUGUUCAACUCCGGGAGGAGCCUGCUCAAGAAGUCCACGCCUGGACGCAAGAUGAGGGACGGAGGGUUCAACUCAAACAUCAACCUUCCUGGGAGAGAAGACUCAGGCUCGGCCCCCACAUCCCCAUCCCCUCAGCUACAGGACAAGAAUGCCAAUAACCACUCCCCCCACUCCCCAAACCCCGCCUCCAUGGAGAAUGGCAACCCUCAUGGAGAAAGACUCUCUAACGGGUGUUUGGAAGAUGAGGGUCACUCCAAGUCCAUGUCCUCCAGCUCCUCCUCUCUGCACAGGCACAUGGACAGCCACCACACUCAGAGAAGCCAUCUGAACUUCUCUCCGUUUGGAGCGGGGGCCGCCCUCUAAGACGGGGGGGGGGGCUGCUGUCAGACAGGGGAACAGGAUGAUCCAGCGUCUGCGGAGGUUUGUGGAGGAGUGACCCCCUGGGGGAACAGCUGCGAUUGCACCAGGUGCAGUGUGAGGCACGGGGCUAACUGGAAGCAUUGGGACCACCCCACCCACCAGAAUGCUUUGGACCAACCGGAAGGCCUCCAUGAGAAGGGGGAGGCGCCUUCACGAUAUGGAUGUUUUCUUCAGACGCAUGAAGCAGACCUCCGUAUGUCGACACCACACUUUGAAACCUACGACUCUGCCCGCUGUCAGCUGCUGCUUCACCCCACCCCCUCUCCGUCCCCCCCACACAACCCCUUGAAGCUUAGCUCUCCCCCCCCUUCCCUCCCCCAGAGCGACAGCCAUUCUUCAGGGAGGAGAGGAGAAGCGCACCCGAGAUGUUCUUUCACAGUUUAGACAUGAAGAUAGAAGUUCCGCCGUCGUCUCUGUGGACAUGCCUAGCAUUGGGAAAUGACUUCCCGUACCUAACCCAUGGUGCUGACCACAUACUGUGGUACCCUGUGAUGUUCCAUGUUGCCAUCUCUGCGUGGGAGUCCCAGCUCCCCCAGAAUGCACCUCUCCCAUGUUUACAGGUGACCUAGCGCCUCUUCUUCAUCUCCUGUGACGGACCUCACGGUCGCUGCUCCGUUACGCCUUUGGUAGAUCAAAAUGCUUCAGGUACAGUGCAUUCCUGGGUGCAAAUAACAUCAAAUACUAGCACUGCACUUCAUUUAGUACGCCCAGUACAACGGGUGCGAUUGUACAAUCGCAGAAGUAUAAAUGGUGACAUAAAUCGAGUGCGCCUCAAACCCAUACGUGUGCGUUUGACCCAGCCCUCCUACCGCUCAAUCUGAGUCUAACCCGACUGAUAGGCUCCAGGUGCCACCGUCGCCUUAGCGACCAGGGGUCGGGGGUGAGUAGAACCAUCAGCCAUAUCCCAGGGCGCGUUUCUUUCGUCCCCUGUUACCUGCCGCCUGCCUUUCACUUUAGCACAAAGACGCAAUUCACAGCUCUCUUUACUGUGUUUUCAUGAGGAGGGAUUCUGUGUAUGGUGAGGUCAGAAUGUGUUACUCUAAGACAUACCGAGGACCCACAGAUAUAUUUGACAGCAUUGAGACAUUCAUGGCAACACGCACACACACAAACCACACGCAUAGUGGAUGACCACAGUGUCACUUCUACUACUCAAGAUCUCUCCAUGACCCUAUGUCGUAUGUGUCAACAAAGGCGCAUCUGACUGUGGUCCAGACUAAGCACAGGAACGUCUCAUCUUUACUGUAGCUCCUAACAGCAACCAAGGAGACCAUGGUAAUAGCCUGCUUAGGCUGAAGAGCUCAAGGCUGGACUCCUGAUUACCAGAGCUCUCCCAUGUACAGAAUCCCCCUCAAUCCAUCUCCAAUGGAACCAUACCCCAACCUCGCCAUGCAAGCACAUAAAAACAACCCCCUUCAUUCAGCUGCGUCGCUCUGAAAGCACCCACAACCCCCCUCCGCUUCUUCAGAAACCCCUGGCCCCUCCCCCGUCCACCCCAGCCCCUCCCCCAACCUCCAGGGGACCAGAGGUAUUGCCAUGGUAACCUCCCUGUAAAUAGUGGGACGGCGUUUUAAAUGUUAGAGGUUUUACUGUAGCAAAAAAAGCACAGAGAAAAGGCAGGGUAGAGAGGAUAGAAAUAUGGUGAAUAUUAUAUGGUCCAGAUUCAAGGAAUGUCUUGGGUUCGAUGCAAUGACUGAGGCAAAGAGAAGAGGUUUAUUUUAUAAUGUGACUAUUCUUUUCUUUUUCUUUGUUUGUCUUCUUCAGAAUGAUUGUCUAUUGAUAUCAAGUUCUUUAUACUGUAUUUAUCUUGUGCGUUUCCCAUGUUGAUAACUGCUGGUUUACUCCUGAGAGGCAGACGUGUUUACUAUGCCAGCCAGGAAGGUUGAGCGAAGGUGUAUUGCACAAUGUUGACGUGUGGUAUGGAUGAAGGGGGGUGCCGUGGCCGCAUCUCCACACCCAGGUGUCUCUCUCUUCAGGCAGGCCGAUCGGAGCAGAUCACCGUGUCAUGGCCCCAGACCUGGAGCGUCGAUAGAUCGGAUAGAUUUACCCCGUUCCCCGAUCCUUCAUCACGAUGACGUGAUUGAUCUGGUAUUUACAAAUGAGCCAUGCCAACCCUCCGCUUGGCCUUCCAUUAGCCCUGCUUAACAGGAGAACGCGUGUGUCGUUCACUCGCAACACUAAAGAGGCACACAAAUAUACACACGCGUACGAACGCACCUGCUGACGCACACACGUGUUCUCUGAAACACAUAUGUACCCUCACACACACACACACACACACACACACACACACACACACACACACGCAAUAGAGACUGAUUGACAUCAAUAAUCCUAUAGACCUUGAAUCCCUGAGAGUGGCAGCCACGCCCAGCACCCUCCAGCCCACACCAAGGUGGGGAGGUCUUCCUCUAUACAGGGUCCUAAAAAAAGUCAUGUUCAUGUAUGCUUAGUGGACGUAUUCAUCCCCACCCACGAGGAUUCUCUUGAAACGAUGGCGAGAAAAAAGACCAUGGAUUGUUUUUUUUGAUAGAAUUUUAGACAGUUAGCAGUGUGUGACCCUGCAUGACUUGCUGUCAGCUCCCCCGCCCCCCCCCCCCCCCCCCCCCCCCAUCCCGGCUGUCGCCAUCAGGCUUAAUGAUGUGAAUCACUAUUCUCACCGCACUGUGAAUCUGCCCUGUCUCUCACUGCCAUCCUGCCAUACUGACCCCCACCUGGCCAGCUUACUGACACCUCCACCCGCCACGAUACUGACACACCAACACCCCCACCUGUCACAACACUGACACACCCCUCCCACUAGCCCACACUUACACCAACACACACACACUCCAGCUCCAAUGAUGCACAACCCCCAAUCCCCCCACCAUAUUUUCAUACAGAACUAACAAACUGCCAUUUGUCAUUCCAAAUCAGGAAUCUGUGUGUACUAGUGUUCCUAGGUCAGUCCCUGGAUCAGGUGUGGUGCUAUGGCCAGGCCAGAUCAGGCAUCCUACUGAUCCCAGACCAGACCAUGUACAGAGCCGACGGGAGAGCUAGGACAGCCUGGCUGUUUCACUGCCUCUCAUUGUUGUUGUUGUUUUAAAGUUUCCCAUCUUUUGUACACAACCUGAAGCCAGUACCAUUUGAUCUGCAUUCAUAUGUGUUUGUGGAAAAAAAGAGAAGUUGUAUGUGUUUGUUUCAUAUAUCAUUGGCGAUGUUUUCUAAAUACGUGUACAGCAAUAAAGAAAACGGUGUCCA